UUUACACUUCCAUCCGUGUAAAAUUGAGGAAAUAGGAACCGAGCGCACGGUAAGAACAAAGGAAGAAGAAGAGAGAAAAUUCAUCGGAAUCAGGUUUAACGAUGACGGGGACGGAGGCGCCGUCGGGGAAAAAGAGAGUCGCGACGGAAUCUCUAGGAUGGCUAACAGAAUCGACGAUAAUGCCAAAGAAGCACAGAACCAUCGAGGGUGUUGGUGCAUCUUCCAUCUUCGAAUUGAAAGCUGAACUCUACAAAUCUCAAGAAGAUUCCAAAAAGUCCAGAGAAUUAUCAGGCACCGACGCUGAAUAUCAACGCGCCAAAAACAUCAUCACUUCCAAAGGUCCCUACUCCAAUAAGAACUCCGGUGUUGAUGCACGCGAUCUCAAGGAUAAACUUGAGUUGAAAGCUAUUAAAGAUGGAUCAGUGAGCUAUGCUGCAUUGGAGAAGAAGGCUGAGUUGUAUGAUAAGUUAGUUAAGGGAGAAUUGUCUGAUGAAGAGGAUAAAGAGAAGUAUUGUGUUGAUUUUGUUCGUAAGAGCGAUGAUCAUGAUGAUGGCAAUCUCUCUACAAAUCCCAACGUGUUGCAAGAAAAUGAACAUGGUGGUGCUGGUGAUGGUGAUGCUUUUUCGCUGUUUAACUUGAAACCUGUUGGGCUUGGUCGAGCUGCUGGAGUAGUUGACGGUGCUGAGCACAAGCGCAAUGUUAGGGAAGUUCAUGAAGAAGCCAGUCGUGCGAGAGAAAAGGCUUCCGAAAUUAAACUACGCAGACAGGAGCAGUUAGCUGCUCAACGCGAGAAACUUAAGCAAGCCUAUCUUCGGAAGAAAUUGGCAGAACUGAAGGCCACUUCUGUUGGAUCUGAAUCUGAGAUUAAGCACACAUGAUGUGCACACCAAUUAUUCUCCAUAAUUUAUAAAGGUGGAUGGAGAGAAGCAAAUAUUUCCUUUAAAAAAGGCAAGAGGAGUUCAAAGCAGACUAAAACUGAGUUAUUAUUCACUCGAGUUACAAUAUUGGUAUAUCUGGUUUCAUUUGAUGCAAAACAACCCUCAGAUAAUCAAAAAAGAAAGAAAAGAUAGAAGCAAAAGAAACGUUCCUCUUUUUUCUCUUGUAAAUAAUUUAAUUGCUCUGUACAUGAAUUAUUAUAGCUAAAGCACUGCCUUUAGUUUUGUUGGCCUAACCAAGAAGAGAUUGGUCUUCCUUUGACCUUCAACUGAUUUCAGUGACUUGAAUCCACUGUUAUUAUGUCCUUGUGGAUUUGAAAUCCCUUAUUAUUAUGUUGUGUAUUGAGUUUGAGGUUGAAACAUAAAGUUGAAAAAAAAUUGUUUUUAGGAGUAAAA